UAAAAUUAUGUUUGACUAAUUACACUAUCAGAUAUAUUUGCCAACUCAGUAUUAGUAACAGAGGCCUUCAUUGUACCAAAUCUCCGUUUUUUAGGCAAUAGACUAUCAUCAUGCACUUAUCUUUUCCUUCUUCUAGGCUAUAAAUAUAAAUAAAUAAGGUUUGUACACUUAUCGCAUCUUGACUUGAUCAGUAUAGAGAAGUAGGUCAGCCAAAACCGAUCAUACAGGUUGGUUCAUGGAUGCACACGAUCAUCUCGCGGUUGUGGAUGGAAGCAAGAUGACAUGGAACGUAAGGGUCCGUGUUACAAGAAUAUGGCCUUCGACAAUACCAAAUGGUGUCAUAGUCAGAUGGAACUUGCUCCUGUUAGAUUCAGAGAACACUCACGUGCAUGCAUCCACUACCCCUGAAAUAUGGAUUCAAUUCCAGAAUUUAAUCAAUGAAGGAGUUGUGUGCAUGGUUAGGAAUUUCAGUGUCAUACCUGCCAAUGGCAUUUUCCGACCUGUGCUUCACCCACGCCAAAUAGCAUUUACAGAGGCGACCCGAAUCAAUGUUAUUCCGGAAGAGGAAUUUACAAUUCAAAUGCACAGGUUUGAAAUUAUUCCACUGGAAGACUUGCAGGAACAUGUUGUUGAAGGAAAUCCAAAUUGGCUAAAUGAAUUCUCCAUAGAUGUAAUGGGAAUGGUGGAAGAUCUUGAACCAAUCCAGGAAUCCCAGACAAACCAUGGUCCAGUAGAAAUUAUAAAAUUCACAAUAGAUGAUGGAAGUGUUAGACACAAAGUGCAUAUAUCGGGACCCUUCAACCCUGACGCGUUAUCGUUGUAUGACGAUCAAUUUGCAAAUCCCAAGAUUGUCAUAAUGGCAAGCACAAGAAUUUCUGAGUUUAGAGGGACUAUUAAGAUAACUAAUCUUUCGUCCACCAAGAUUUAUGUGAACCUUGAAUGCCCGGAAGUGACAACGUUCAGACACUGGUUGAUCAAUGAUGGCUUCAUGGAGUUUUGGCCUAUCAUUUGA